GGGCAACCUUACCACCGUCCAGGAGUGAGGACUGGACUGGUCGAUGUAUCAUUGAUACUAGCAUCCCUUGUCUCGUGACUACCCCGCAUCUAGGUGACAAGGACGUUGGUAUAUAAAGGUUGUGUCAACCUGUAUCUGGGGGAAUCUGGAUGAUUAGGUCUUCGUCAUCAUCUCAAGACUCUGAUUCCAUCAGUAUCUACUUCUUAACACUUUAUCAAACUUGAUAUUACACUCCACACAUCGUCGUCAAGAUGUCUGCGCCUAUCAUGCAGAGUUUCCGCUCCAUGGGCUCGUCCGUGGGCGAGUACUCCCGUCAACAGCUCAACGUGUUUCGAAACCGCGUGCUCAACACUGAAACCAGAAGGCAGCGAGCAAACGUCGUUCGGACAUCCAUGACCGCCCACAGACCGGUGUGGGUUUCCGGCGUAGGAGGAGUCUACACUUCCAUGGCCGCUGUCUACCUCACAUUGAAAUUCAUGAGCCGGUUGAAAUAGAGCAUACAAGGGAGUUUGGGGGGAUAAAGCUGGCGUAAAGCACACUUGCUAGACAGCUACUGGCCUGUCUUGGUUUUCUUUUGUUUUCUAUGUUUAUGUUUACGAUUCAGUCCGCUGGCUGGAAUGCUUCGAUUUGAUUUGAGGAAUAUUUUUGUCUUCAGGGGCGGAGUUUAUGGUCUCUAUUUAUUUGAUUGUUUUGAUGGUGAUGAGGUGGAAGGAAGGGGAUGGGCGUAUCUCAGGGGGAUAGGCUGAGCCAAAGUACUAGGGCCAGCUCAUACAUGUCAUGCAGUACAGUACAAGUACAGAAAGUCGUACUUGAAAUCAAAGGAAAUACAUGAAAUCAGCAACAAGGAUAAG